AUGCUGCUCAGCCACGAGGAACUGAAGCGAUCAUCAGAGAUUGAUCCAUCAAUUGCAGAGCUGGAAUCAACUCUGACUGAAUAUUAUGUCGACAUCACUUUGAGAGAUGGAACCCCGAGUACACUCAAAAUUGUCCGACCUACAACAUCUCCACCCGAUGGAAGUCCUCUGAUUGCACUCCUCUUCGGCGGAGGGUUCUGUGCCGGUACUGAGGAACAGAUGACACCCUACGCUCGAGGUCUCGCUCGGGCAUUUGGGGCGGUCGUUGUGAGCGUGAAAUACCGCCUUGCGCCGCAGCACCCGUUUCCCGCACAGCAGCUGGACUCGUUCGAUGGAAUCAAAUGGGCUGCUUCACAUGCUGCCGAGCUUCAAGCCGAUCCAUCGAAAGGCUUCAUUGUCGGAGGCGUCUCAGCAGGUGGAAACUGUGCUGCUGUGGUCACUCGAAUGGCCCAAGAACAACCGCUGGCCUAUCCCGUUACUGGACAAUGGCUGGCGAUACCGUCACUCUUCGACGCAGAAGUGGUUCCUGACCAGUACAAAUCCUCCUUCAUCUCACGCGAGCAAAACGCAAAUGCACACGUCCUGGACGAGGCAGCAUUGGCAGCAAUUCGAAAAUUCACCAAGUGGGACAACACUUCCCCCGUCAGGUUUCCCACGCUUUUCAGAACGCCACUAUCGGAACUACCUCCUACGUUCUUCCAAGUCUGCGGGAUGGAUCCUCUCCGAGACGACGGACUCAUCUAUGAUGAGAUGCUGAAAGAAGCCGGUGUCAAGACGAGGAUGAACUUCUACCCAGGCUGUCCUCAUGGCCAUUGGACGAUGUAUAAAGGCUUGGAGAUCAGUAGACAAGGGUAUAAGGAUGUCAUGACGGGGAUUGGGUGGUUAUUAGGAAAGGAGAUUACGGAAGAGGAGGGCUUCAAGGCUUUGGCGAUACCAGGGGCAUGA